CGUCUCCUCGCUCUUGUCUCACUUCUCACGCGUACCAACCCUAAAUUGCCGCCGCCGCCGCCUUCUUCGACAGCGCGCAAGCUUCCCGAUCAGGCCACGCCGGAGCGCCUCUGACGUCGUUUUCUGAUUCAUCAGGAGGUCUUCAGUCUUCUGUAAUAUGGAUAUGGACAUUCAGGGAGUUGAAAAUGAAGCCUUUGGUUUCCUGGUUAAACAGGGGGCAGAAGCUAGGGUGUUCAAAUCAACUUUUGUGGGUCAUUUGUCGAUUGUGAAAGAACGUUUCUCCAAGAAAUAUAGGCAUCCCUUACUUGAUUCAAAGUUGACAGUGAAGCGCUUGAACAUGGAAGUUCGCUGCAUGACAAAAGCCAGGCGUCUUGGUGUCCCCACUCCAGUAUUAUAUGCUGUCGAUCCAAUUCUGCAUACUCUGACAUUUGAAUACGUGGAUGGGCUCUCUGUGAAGGAAAUCCUAUUAGAUUUUGGAUUAAAUGGUAUUGUUGAAGAACAACUAGAUGAUAUUGCUAUACAGAUAGGAACUGCAAUGGGAAAAAUGCACGAUGGGGGUCUUAUCCAUGGUGAUUUGACCACUUCAAAUAUGAUUAUUAGGGGAGAGACUAAUCAGUUGGUUCUUAUAGACUUUGGUCUGAGUUUCACAUCAACUCUUCCUGAAGAUAAAGCAGUCGAUCUAUAUGUGUUAGAGAGAGCUUUGUUAUCAAUGCAUUCUUCAUGUGGAAAUGUGAUGGAAAAAAUACUGUCAGCCUAUAGAAAGUCUUCUAAGCAGUGGUCAUCCACGAUGAACAAGCUAGCUCAAGUGAGACAGCGAGGCCGAAAACGUACCAUGGUAGGAUGAUACUUGUGAGUUCGAGUCCACCGGCACCAAGUUACUAGGUCAGGUUACACAUUGGUGUUAGAUAUCGAACUGUUUAACUUAACAAAUAUAAGCCUAAAUAGACAAUUCAUAAUGUUUGGUGCCAUGCAAUCUCAAUACAGUGUUGGUGUUCUUGCAAGUAUUGUUGUAUGGUUUGUCAUUCGUAGUAAAUAUUGUAAAACACCAGUGAAAAAAAUUAUAAAAUUUCACUGCAUAUCCAAGAUUGGCCGUCGAUUUUGUUUGGUA